AUGGGGCUGGAGCGCGGCCGACGAGCCUGUCUUGCACUCACGCUGAACUUUGUGGCUUUCGCGCUGGCCGUCUCGGCGGUCACCACCCCCUACUGGUGCGAGGGCACGCGCAAGGUGGUCAAGCCCUUCUGCGAGGGGCCUGUGACCACGGUCAAGCAGUCCUACUGCAUCCGCUUCAACAGCUCCAAUCUCAACGACAGCCGGCAGGUGCAGUACAUCUACGAGACGGGCGAAGACAAGUUCCUCAUGAGGAAGUUCCACACGGGCAUCUGGUUCUCUUGCGAGCAGGCCGUCAACAAUAUCGGCUUCACUUGUCGAGACUUUUCAGAGAUUGCACCUGAACGGGAGCGAGGAGUGCUGUGGCUUUGCAUUGUAGCAGAGUGUCUGUACAUCUCACUGCUGUUCAUAGGCGGAGCCCUCAUGUCUAUCGAGAUGUUCCACUGCUGCAACAUGAUGAAUAGGCUCAAACUGAAUGCCUUUGCGGCCCUGUGUACAGCCUUGUCAGGUCUCUUUGGGAUGGUGGCUCACAUGAUGUUCACAACAGCCUUCCAGCUGGCGGUCAUGAUUGGUCCGGAGGACUGGAGACCCAAGACGUGGGACUACAGCUGGUCCUACCUUUUGGCAUGGGCAUCCUUCGCCACCUGCAUGGGCUCGGCGGUGACGGCGUUGAACCGCUACACAAAGACCAUCAUCGAGUUCAAGUUCAAGCGGAAGCACAUCGAGAAGAACCUGCGCAUCAAGCAGAAACUGCUGGAGCUGGACCUGCCCGACCAGCUGCAGGUGUGGGACAUGUACCUGCCCCCUGGACCCGCGCUGGACGUGCCAGGGCCCGAGCCGUCGUCGCCGCCACCACACCUGCCCAGCGCCAACGGCUUCAAGCCUCCCAGUGGCCAGUCUGACCUGCUCGACCUGGACCUGAACGGCGACAUGGAGCUCCCAGGAGAGGAGGAAUACUUCUGAUGAGAGGCAUCGAAAAUAGAGCUGCAUUCACAACCAAUCAUAACCACAAGAGACUGGCCAUAGUGAUUGGUUAUUGAUCUGUCAUUCAACGUCGGUUGUAGCAUAAUGAGGAAAUGUAGCCCAGUCCUUGAAAGAAAACUCAAGUGGGACACUCUGGGCACUGACACAGAAGGGAGAAACUUCAGGCAUGACCCUCCUGAUAAAUAUGACCUGCACUCUGAUAAAUAGGGUGCAAGCUGUAAACAAGUUAUCAGAUAUGUAUACUCAAUAGCUAAGGGCUUUACUUUACUGCUUUACGGACUUGUUGUUUUGAUUCAUCAUGAUUUGCCCGCCUCCCGGUUUAAAGGGAAUCAAAGUGUCUUCACUGAGGAAUACAUACUGUAACAUGACAUGGGGACAUUAAAACAAUGGAAAAGGGGACACCUUUAAGGUUUACAGAGCUCCAGAAUAUUGUAUAAACACAUGUAGAUGGUGGUACACUUACAAUACUGACACAAAAAUACCAACUAUGAAGCAGUUAUUUUGACUUCUAAAUAUAUGGUUUCAUAAUUAAUGACUAUUUAAAAAAUACAGGAAUUAUAUGUUGUUUUAACAUUUAUAAAUACACAACUCAUCUGUUUGUGCAGCUAUUAUUCCCACAUUUUGAGUGUUUACUGCUGACUCAUUUCAACAACUUGAAGUUGUAUUUAUUUUAUUUAAGUGAGGAAAACAUAUAGAGGGGUAAUGUUCUAGAGCUAAACUCAAA